AUUAUCUGCAUAAAAUGACAUUUGCCCUUAAGCACAUGGUCAAUCAAAUCAAAGCCCUUUUUAAGGUUAUAAUAAAAGCCGUAUUUGAAUAAUAAGUAAUAUAAUCUCUUGUCAUGUCGAAUAGAGCCAAACCUAAUAUUUUAGUGACAGGUACGCCAGGGGUAGGUAAAUCAACUUUGUGCAAAUCACUUUCUGAAACAUGCGAUUUACGUUGGAUUGAUGUAUCGAAAAUGGCCCUUGAUGAAAAUUGUAUUGAAGAGUACGAUGAAGAAUACCAAUGUCCCGUGCUUAAUGAAGACAAGUUACUAGAUUUACUUGAAGAAAUUGUAAAAGAUGGAGGUUGCGUUGUUGACUACCACGGAUGUGAUUUUUUCCCAGAGCGUUGGUUUGACAUAGUAUUCGUUGUUAGAGCUGAUACAACUACUUUGUAUGAUCGACUGAAAGCAAGAGGAUAUAAUGAUAAAAAACUAGAAGAUAAUAUGCAAUGUGAAAUAUUUCAAACACUUCUUGAAGAAGCUAAAUCAUCCUAUGAACCAGAGAUAGUCCAUGAAAUUUUUGGGAACUCGCAGGAAGAUCUGAAAUCUAAUGUUCAACGAAUUCAAUCAUGGAUAGAACAAUGGCAAAAAAAUAAAUAAAACUUUGUUAAAAU